AUGAGUCUCAUUUUCAGCGACCAGGUACUACUAGGAGAAGGGUCCUACGAUGAAGAUAUCUCAGUUCGUCGCUCUAUGUUUGCCACGGCAAUUAUCAGAUAUCCAGUAUUAGGGUUUGUCCUCGGCCUUCCAGACACCAGUCAUAUUCCGAAGGCCAUCAGUUUCCUCAACCAAAGCAUCAAGCAAAUGGGAAGGAGGUCGCUCGAGUCGCUCAACUUCAACACGGCUUUGGGAAUGGAAUACGAUUUGGCUGCGUCAAGUGCCCAGCGAUGGCUAAAUUAUACUGUCUUCACGCGCGAGCUCUACAAUUAG